CGCUCUAAACUUGUAAACUGCGUAUGGCGAAUUGACGUUUUUGGUUAUUUUUGUUCUAGCCUCGUGUUUACUUUAGUGUCUAAUUUCGGUCAUAUUGCAAAAAUUUAGUUGUGCAAUAAACGAAUCGAUAAUAUUUCGGUGUAGGACUAUUCCGCGAUACAGACUACAGUGUAAUAUCGAUCCAUGCUUCCGGACUAGAUAUAUGUAUACAGUUUUAUCACGUGGUGGUGUGAUUUAUAUAAUUCUUGUUUACCGCACAACUGGAAACUUUGCGCAUGUGCGUCCCUUCAGUAACCUCAAAUAGUAGACAGAACACGGAUUCGGCAGGUUCCGGAUAUCCGGGUCGCGGUACGGCAGUUUCGGGUCUGUGAAUUCUGUGAUGUGCUAUCGCGGCGAGGGUUCGCGCUCCGCGUGUGGACGUUGGUGAUAUAGGACGCACGCCUGACAUGGCUCAGACUCAGAUAUCGCGGAGCUCCGAGAGUGAUGCAUGGGCGCUCCUCUCGCUCAAGUCGGCGCCGCCUUCGCCGUCGAAGGUGCAGUGGGCGCAGGAGCCGGCUCCGAUAGCGAUCGCCCGUCUCGAUGGUCGCGACUUCGAGUACCUCAUACGCCAGAAGAAAGUGGUUAUCGGCCGGAACUCGAGCCGGGGGCAGGUCGAUGUGAACAUGGGACAUUCGAGUUUUAUAUCUCGCCGUCACUUGGAACUGUUUUACGACCACCCCGAGUUCUACUUGACGUGUAACAGCAAGAAUGGCGUGCUCGUGGACGGGGUGUUCCAACGCAAGGGAGCGGCCGCGAUGUUGCUGCCAAAAAGAUGCACCCUCCGGUUCCCGUCCACGAACAUCCGGCUGGAGUUCCAGUCGCUGGUCGAGGAGAGCGGCGGCGGCGCAGGCGGCAGCACCGCCGGCCCGCCGCUGCCCCCGCUGCGCAUCACCAUACCGAUGGACAGCGACGGCCGCAGCCCGGCGCCUUCGCCCACUGGCACGAUAAGCGCAACGAACAGCUGUCCGACGUCGCCGCGCGGCGCCGGCUCGUCGGGGCGGCGGCACGCGGACCUCGGCCUCGUGGCGCAGUACGCGGCGCUGGCUGAGCACCAGCGGCCCACCAAUGGGAAUGCUGCGUCAUCCACAACGGACUACGUGCGCGAGCCGCGCGACGUGCGCGACUCCCGCGACGUGCGCGACGCUCGAGACGCGCGCGAUUCCCGCACCGAAGACGCAGCGAAGCCGCCCUACAGCUACGCACAGCUUAUCGUGCAAGCUGUGGCCUCCGCACCGGACAAGCAGUUGACACUGAGUGGCAUAUACAGCUACAUCACGAAACACUACCCGUACUAUCGCACCGCGGACAAGGGAUGGCAGAACUCGAUACGGCACAAUCUGUCGCUCAAUCGGUACUUCAUCAAAGUGCCCCGCAGCCAAGAGGAGCCGGGCAAGGGCAGCUUCUGGCGCAUCGACCCGCAGAGCGAGGGCAAGCUGAUCGAGCUGGCGUUCCGCCCGCGUCGCCCGCGCGGGGUUCAAUUCCGUGCUCCCUUUGGACUGUCCUCGCGGAGCGCGCCAACAUCGCCGUCGCAGGUGGGUGUGUCAGGUUUGGUGACGCCGGAGGAGCUCUCCCGCGAGCCCACGCCGGACCUGUUCACCGGUGAUGAGAGUGAUCACCAGGGCGGGCAACAGCGGUUGAACAACAGCAACAACAACAACAGCCACUCGACGCAGUACCUGUUCCCGCAGCGCUCCGGCGUCAGCCAGAGCGCGCCGGGAUCUCCGGGUGCCGGCGGGUCGCUGGGCGGCGGGCUGGUGAUGGCGGGCCACCACAUCACCGUCGUCACCAACGGCGCAGGCGGCGAGCGGGAAGAGAAGUACGUGGUGGGCACGACGGGCGGCGGGCUGGUGUCGAUCCCCGAGGAGGAGGUGCAGGCCGCCAACCUGCUGCUGCAUCAGCACUCGCCGUACUACGCCGGGUACAGCGGCGAGGAGGGUUGCGCGCUGGGCGGCGAGCUGGUGAUCGAGGAGGCGCCCGACGAGCCGCCGCACAAGCGGGCCAAGCACCAUGUGUCCGACAUCGACGACCGGCGCGCGUAUUGACGUCCCGCUAACCCGGGCGCGUGACGCAGGCCCCGAGCGCGCAGCCGCCCGCCAGCAUCAGCCAAUCGCAGCGCAGCAUUACCCAGCACGCCUGGCUGCAGCACGACAUUACCCAGUACAGCAUCAGCCAAUCGCAGCACGACAUUACUCAGUACAGCAUCAGCCAAUCGCAGCGCGACAUUACUCAGCAGUUCAGCGUUAGUCAAUCGCAGCACGACGUUACCCAGCACAACGCAAGUCAGCUGUAGUAUAGUGUCAGCCCGUAUGGAACCACCAUGCAGUAUGGAUACAGCUAAUCGCAGUGUAACACCCAGCAAGGCCUCACCCAGCCGCAGUAUGGAUCCACCAACCAGUACAGUGCUGUCCAAUCGCAGCAUGGUAUCACUGAGCCGCAGCACUUUACUCAGUACUACAGGUUCGGCCAGUCGCAGUAUGGAACCGCCGACUAGUACAGUGCUGUCCAAUCGCAGUGUAACAUCCGUCAGUAAAUCAUCACCUAGCAGUACAGCAUUACUCAGCCGUAGUAUGGACCCUCCAACCAGUACAGUGCUGUCCAAUCGCAGUUCGCUGUCGCUGAGCCGCAGCACGACUUUCAGCAGUACGACGCUGUCUCGCAGUACGAGUUUACUUACUACUACAGCGUCAGCCAAUAACAUGGAACCACCUACUAGUACUGUACAAUUGAGCCGUAGUUCUGCAUUAUCCAGAAGUAUCAAUCGCUCUGUGGUAUCCACUAGUAGCAAGACCACCUGCAGUAUGGUUCCCAGUACAUCAGCCAAUAGCAGCUCAGCAUCACCGAGCCGCAGUACAUCGCUGACCAAUCGCAGCAUGGAUCCGCCGAGUCGUAGUAUGGCGCCGUCGAAUCGCAGCAUGAUAUUGAGUCGUAGUACAGCAACUAAACGCAAUGUGGCUAAGCCUAGUACAGUGCUGACCAAUCGUACGACAUCCACUAGUAAUACGACUACAAUAAAUCGCAGUGAGGCAAAGUGUAGCAGCAGUACAGUGCUGACCAAUAGCAGCACAUUGCUGACAAAUUGCGGCACGGCUUCCUCCAGUAACAGCACGACUGCAAUAUGUCGUAGUGAGCCAAAGAAUAGCAGCAGCACAGUAUCUGCCAGCAACACGACUGCUACAAAUCGCAGCGAGGCAAAGAGUAACUACAGUACGGCAUCCACUACUUGCAGCAUGGUACAGUCUACCUGCAGUACGACAAUCACCACGGUUCCUCGUAGAUUGGCACAGAGCACAGCUCCCGCUACCAGCACGGUUUCGACCAAUAGCAGCUUACCACAGGCAUCCUGCAGCACGGCAUCAACCAAUAGGAACACAGCUGAGCCGGCCAAUGAGCGCUCGGUGUUACGUGCGAGGCUCUCGUUGAUGCAACCGCGGAAACGUUGAUUGGCGUAUAUGUAGUAACUAGUGACUACGUAUUAGAAAGAUGGAAAGGAAAUACAUUUAUUAAAAAAAAACACUUAUUUUUUUAUGUAACAGUCUCUUCAGACUUUAUGUUUCGUUUGUAUUCCUAAUGGUGAUAGUGUUAUCUAUAAAACCUAUUAUCUUGGUGGAUGUCACUUUAUUUUCCUUACAUAUAUUAUAAUGUAUGAAUCAAUAUAAUACAUAGUCACUAGCGAGUAUCAAAAUACAAGAACAAAACUUUUGUUUAAUUUAUAGUGGAAAGUGCAACAAAAUUUACUAGUAAUGUGUACCGUGCCAAUAAAGAAUCGACUUAAAUGCGGUCGUGAGCAAGAGAGAUAUAUCUCCACCAAUGCGUAAGCGAGAUAGCAUGAUUUUCGUUUCUUUACGCGUGAAUAUGUUAAAACGAAUUGACAAUAUAUCUAUGAUGAUGAACUGUACUGAACUUUAGUACUGCGUUGUUGGCCAAUCAGCGCUCAGACGGUCUCGGGGCUCGACCAAUCAGCGCUCACCGCGUCCUGUUCGACCAAUCGCGGCGUGACACGACAAACUCGUCAAUGAGUGUGGAAUUAGCAAUAAAUAGACUACGAUUUUAUGAUUUUGAACUUUAAAGUGUUAAGUAUACAGUGUCGUUUCGUGUGGUACGGUUUUUGAUUUUGCAUCGUAGUGCAUAUUAUUAUGAUAAAUACAUAAUAUUAUAUUAUUAUUAUAAAUAUAUAUAUUUUUCUCUAUUCCUAAGUUCUACACCGGACUCGUACAUGUGUGUACUGUGACGCGUACAGUUGACAAAAAAAAAAGUGAAGUGACGAUCGUCGUUGCCGACUGUACCACAAAUAAUAUAAGUGCAAUGCUACAGAUGUCUGUAAUAAGUUAGUUAUAGUUUGUAAACACCAAAAUCGCAUUAAUUAUAUAUUUAAAUGGAACGGCUAAGCUUAGCUAUGAUAUUCUUAACGUUUAGGCCCCGGGCUAAUAGAUUUUUAAAUUCGUGAAAACAUGUGUUUUGUCUCUUUCCCUCUCAAUGUAUUGACGCAAGCAAGAAUGCGACAAAACAUCGUUUUGACGAACGUUUAUUAGCGGAGGUGUUAAGGUGAUAAUAACUUUAAAUUGUUAGAGAAAUUAAUGAUUUUCUUUCAUAUAAAAUUUAUGAAUAAGUACGCUUUGAUAUUUUGUAAUUAUUUCUCGCUAAUAAUUCAUCGGUCACAAAUGUAUUGAGCUAUACGCAAACAAAUAUACGAAUUUCAAACGAAGUACAAGUUUUUAAAAGUUUUCCUAGUGAAAUAUUAUAUUAAAUUGGUAAUGUACUUGUUCGUUUUGAUAAUUCGGUUUUAUCAAUGUGAAAUCGACCUUGCUGCUUUGAUAAAUGGGGUGAUAUUCGCGAAGCAUACAUUAUAGUUUUUAACGUAAAAACAAGUUGAAGUGAACAGUGAAGAAUCUUUUAAAAACCUUUAUUUCAUAAUACAAUAUAUAGAGUCAUGAAAUUAAAUUCACAAAUAGUAUGUAUUUCAUCAUUUAUCGAAGUCGCAAAAUGGUCAUAUACCUAUAAAAUUAUAAUAACUAUGUUAAAAAAUGAAUAUUAACUUAAUAUUGAACUAAAAUACUUACUGUAUUUCACAUUAAAUUGCUAUAUAAAUGACUCUGUUUUACAUAAAAAUGUAUCCAAUAAGCCAAGAUUGCAAAACAAAUAAUAAAAUAGAUUAAAAAUAAUGGUAGGAUAUUUUUUACAAAUACCUAUGAUGAUCCUAAGCAACAAAUUGCACAGAAAACAAUAUCCAAUAAUGGAAUCAGCAGUUCCUUAGAACAUAACAUACAAACUUACACAUUUGACUUUAUAUUUUUUGAUUAGUAAAAUAUGCAAAAAGAUCCCGAAAAUUGCCAUCUUCUUUCUAACAUUCCAUGGAUUUUGGUUUAUCUAAAAUAAAAUACGAAUUGUAUGGAAAAUAAAAAAUAAUAUUUUAUGUUUUGUGAUCUUGUCUUAUUGGUAUACAUUCGGUACAUUCAUACGACACUCGAAUGUGUGUAUAGGUCUUUAUAAUUUACUUAAAAAAGGAAGAAAAAUUACUUCUUUGGAGAUGUGGGGUAAUUUCAAAAAUUGAAUACCAAAAAACUUAAAAAGAUGAUCUGAUGAAAACAAUCUUGAUAUUUGUCUGUUCGUCACGAUAUACAUAAUCUUCGAAAAACUAUAAAAAAGUUUAAUUUUCACCUCAAAAAAGGAUCAUUAUUGAAAUUACUCUAUUUAUCCAAAGUAACGAUGUAAAAAUAAUUAGUAAAAAAUUAGGCAAUUUUGUUGAAAAUUGUAAAGUUUAAUUAAAUUGCCUGUUGUUUUAAGGCAAAAAACAUUAGGUACUUGUUUUUUGAGACCAAAAACACUAAUUCUUUGAAAAGAAAUCUCAAUUUUUUAUGGUCCUUUUGCACUAGGUCGAAAUAUUAUAUGUAUGAACGUAUAUUGUUAAUUCUUUAUAACUCAAAGGGAGUUUUCUAAAUUGACUCUUAGAUUUGUAUCUAAAACUAAAUGAAACAUUUCACAACAAACGUUUAGUGAAAUCUUGAUAAUUAUAUUCUGAUUUAAUAUUUCUAUCUAAUUUUGAUUGAAAUGAAAACGAAAAUUCAUUAAAUAAAAUCUUUAUUUAGUGAGUUUCGUUGUAAAUGAUAAAUUAACCGGAAUAUAUUGUGACGGUCGAAAAUAUUAUGACUUAUGUCUAAUUAUAAAUUUUGAUGGCAAAUAUUAUUAGUCUGUACGUCAUUAAGGUGUAUUCACACUGGUACGGCGUAUCAUUUAACAUUGUGUUGUGUGAACUCCCCUAUAUAAUGGUUUCGGUGUAACAUACACAUGUAUAAAAAUUCUAUACUAUACGGUUAUUAUAUAAUAUAAUUUAAUCUUAGCACUAUAAUAUUAUAUUAUAGUUAUAGCGUAUAUUAGUGUAUAAAUAUGAAACACGGAAAGCACGUAGAUUUUAGCAUUUAAAAGUAUGUAAUGUAUAACCUAGUGAGAGGCUUUAUUAAUGAAAGUUUGUUCGACGCUCCCAAUAUAUCGAAUAUAGCGAUCAAAGAGUUGCAUUAAAACUGGCAUAGCCGUUUAUUAUAUAGGUGUGUGUGUGUGCCUCGGCUGGACCGGUGUGUGUGAACGCUAAUAUAUUUUUGGAUGCGCGAGUGUGACGCUGUGUGGUCCAGUGACUAUGUGUAAGGAGAGAAGUGGUGUGUUAUUACAAUAAUAUGUAGCGAAUGGUUCCUUAAUUAAAAAAAAAAAAAAAUAAUUAUAGAUUUGUUGUCUAUGCCAGGUCUAUAAGUUCUGACUGGUUUAUAGUCUGUGGGAAAUGUCAUUUUUACGCUUCAUUUUGCAUCACUUAAUAAUAACUAUGGUUAAAUUGUUUCAAAAUUACAAACCCAGAGAUUCGUUAUCAAUAUUUGAACAAUGUUACUAAGUAUGAAUAUUUAAAAAAUUAAUUUAAAAGUUUCGUAAUUCACCAUGAUUGUAAUAACACACCAAUGAAUGGAAUGAAUGAACAUAAUAUUACCACUAUUCAUUCACAUUUGGUCGGAAUGGUUAAUUCUAUAAUACACUCAGUAUUAUAGAAAGGGUUGCGAGGAAGGGUUAUCGGUUAAAUUUUAAAACAUAAUAUUUCAACUGACCAUAAUAAUUAUUUGACCACGUCAGUUGGUAACAGACAAGCGUCUACAACGGAGUGAAACCGUGCAUUAUAUUUUUUUUUUUUAGUUAUUGUGAAUAUUAUUUUAUGUUACUAACAGAUAUCCGCAGCGGUAUUUGUGAAUGCUUCAAUUUGAAAUUUAUUAUCGAGUCGCAGGACGCAAUAUUCUUUAGGCAUUGUAAAUGCUACAGCAACCAAAUGCGUUCUUUUUAGCUUUAAGUCGACGUUCGUUUAUCGCCGUAUAUGAAUGUAACUAUAAAUAUAUGACUCGGCUUUUAGAAUAGUAUUGGAAUAGAUAUUGUAUGGUAUAUAAAUGCCUUUAUGGAAAUAAAAUAAUUUAGAUGUA